AUGUCACAACAACUCAACAUCAUAGCCCUGAUAUCGGGUGGGAAGGAUUCCCUCUACUCGCUCCUGCAUUGCUUAAAAAAUGGACACAAAGUUGUUGCACUUGCAAAUAUGCAUCCGCCUUUGAGGCCAAAACCAGGCCCCAAUUACGCUGCGUAUUUUGCUACGGGUACGCUUGAUGCGGGCGAUCAGGAUGGAUGUGUUGUGCAAAAAGGCAGAGUUGGACAGGAAGAAGGAAACAGCAAUGAGGACGACGCACAACAAGAACAGGAGGAUGAGGAAGAGGAAGAGGAAGAUCUGGAAAGCUACAUGUACCAAACCGUCGGCCAUAGCAUAAUACCCCUCUACGAAUCUGCUCUUGAUAUCCCGCUCUACCGCGCCCCCAUCCAAGGAACAGCCCUUAAUACUUCGCGAGAUUAUCACACACCAACAUCACCGCCCCCAUCGUCACAACCAUCAACUCCUAUUCCAGAAUCAGCGGACGAAACUGAAUCACUCUUCCACCUGCUCAAACACGUCAUGAAGCAUCAUCCAACAGCCAAUGCUGUCUGCGCCGGUGCCAUCCUCUCCACAUACCAGCGAACGCGCGUUGAAAACAUUGCCAGCCGCCUAGGCCUCAUCCCCCUGGCCUGGCUGUGGAUGUAUCCCACACUCCCACCACCUGCGGAGCGUGCGAAGACACCUCGCAAUUCCCCCGCAGCUGUUGCCGGUUUGCUAGAAGAUAUGGCUGCGUGUGGCUGUGAGGCGAGGAUUGUCAAGAUUGCGAGUGGAGGACUGGAUGUGGAUGAUUUGUGGGCGAAUGUUGCCGGGGGAGAUGGGCAUGGGGGAGGGAGUGUGGUGAGGGAGAGGUUGGUGAAAGGUAUGGGAAGGUUUGUUGGGGAAGGGGAGGUGCACGGUGCGGUGCUAGGGGAGGGUGGGGAGUAUGAGACUAUUGCGUUGGACGGGCCUGGGGUUUUGUGGAGAAAGAAGAUUGUUGUUCGGAGUGUGGAGAGGAGGAUUGGAGAGGGGGGCGUAGCAGCUGCGAGGAUUACUGGGGCGAGGUGCGUGCCGAAGGAAGGGGGAGGGGAAGGAGGUUUGGGGUUGGUGAGGGUGCCGCAGGUGUUUGAUGCGGAGUUUAAGGGGCUGUUAAGUGAUAUGGUGUUACGUCUGAAGCAAUAUGAUGAUUUCCAAGAGGAAGAGUUACAAAAUCGCAUGCUUCGUGGUGAUGAUGAGGUCUGGAAGGCAGACAUAUCCCAGACACAAGGGGAAAAUGUUUGGACCAUUUCAAAUGUUUCCGUCCCCGAAGUUGGUGCCGGCGCAGCGAACCAAAUGAAGGCCAUUGUACAGAAAUUAGAAGAUAUCACCCGGCAAUCUGCCACAAGAGACAUUGUCUUUGCGACCAUCCUUCUUCGAUCGAUGGACGAUUUCGCUUUAAUCAAUCCCAUCUACGCCUCCCUAUUUACUAACCCGAACCCACCCGCCAGAGUGACCGUGGCAUGUGGCGAUAGCCUCCCUCCUGGAGUGGACGUAAUCGCAUCUUUCGUCAUCGACAUGCUUCCCCGCGAGGGUAGAUUGGGCUUGCAUGUCCAGUCACGCUCCUAUUGGGCUCCAGCAAACGUAGGACCAUAUUCCCAAGCACAAUGCAUCCCCUUGCAUAAGGGUGCGAAAAUCGAUCGAGAUGGUGGGGUAAUUUAUGUUGCGGGGCAGAUACCUCUGGAUCCUGGGUCGAUGGAUUUAUACAACCCCCUUCCCACACAAGAGAGCAGUGGCUGGUUUAGCCCCUUUGUGUCUCGUACAAUACUAUCGCUCCAGCACCUUUGGCGGAUUGGGAAGGUUAUGGAAGCGGACUGGUGGUUGGGUGGCGUGGCAUUUUUAGCUGGAGAUGAGAAGAUUCCUUCCAAGGCUAAGGUUGCGUGGGAUAUAUGGGAACAUAUGAACCGUGACCCCUCUUCUUCGAACGCUGGUGAUGACAAAGGAGAUGGCGGAGAUGGUGCGCCAGAAUUCGAUGCCUGGGAUCUUAAAUAUGGAAACCAUCGGGAUCUAGGGCACUCCUCGUCGAAUGGAACGAAGAAGAAUCUACCAAAUUUUGAUAUCGUCAGGGGAUCUAUCUUCACUCCGCCUUUUUUUGCAGUGCAGGUAGACGCACUGCCUCGUGCAAGUGAUAUUGAGUGGCAAGGUUUGGGGACAAGGACUGAUACGCUCGCCAUAUAUGAGAAAACACAGCCAGGGAAGCAUUGGAUAAUAAGUCAUUUACAAGGUGCGGGAUUCGGGUCGUUCUAUUAUAUUGGAAUCCAAUGCGGCGACCAACCCGAUCGAGAUUUGGAAGGGCACGUACAGGAUGCAAUGGAUGCUGUAAAAGCAAGAGAGAAUGAUACCCAGAGUGGGAAUAUUGAUCAUAUUAAUUUUACGAUAUAUACUUCUCACAGUUUGAGUGAGAGUGUCUGGCAACAGGGGCAAAUUGUGCCAUGCAAGUCUCUCUGGGGCCAGCGGGGGAAGAAGCUGGCAGCUGGGAUUGUGGUUCAUGUGCGAUUGAAGUGA